UAUCAACCUAUAUUUUUACCUAUAUAGAACUCUACCAAUUAUUGUCAACCAUUGACAAGACUUUUUAACAAAUGCGAUCAACUGUUACUCCGAUGUUUUAUUUGUCGUAAACCAUGUGAGACUGGAAUGGCCAGUCUUUUUGUGUUAUAAUUUAUAUUUGUCAGUGUCAAGAACUUUUGACAGUUUAUUUAGACAUUAAUGUACAGGAUAAAAUGUACAGGUUUUGUGGUGUUAUUACAAACAUGACAUAAUAAAAGGUGGCUGACAAUAGAAGUACAAAACUACGGAAGCACAAUGAUGACAAUAUGGAUUAUGAUAGAAUAGUGAGGAUAUUACAGUAGUAGCUCGAUAAUGUCAUGUGAUACAUUAGAUUCGGUUCCAUCAGCUCGUGUCAAACAACAGGCUGGUCAACAACAUCUACAAGCUAAAAUAAAACUCUGGUUUCAUUGGUUGAUUAUUUAUCUCGUUAAGGUGUUACCGAUCUCGUUAGCUAAUGGAUUCCUCAAUUUCUUAUCAUGGUUGACGAUCCUUACACCUUACAGGUGUUCAAGAUGUAAUCAGUGUCUACCCAAUUGGUAUUUUGAGAAAGAUGGCCGACUAUUCUGUCAUGAAGAUUAUUGGGCUAAGUUUGGAGAUGCUUGUAAUGGAUGUUCUGAUCUUAUAACUGGACCAGUCAUGGUUGCCGGUGAACAUAGAUAUCAUCCGGAAUGUUUUAAAUGUGUUCACUGUGAUGCUUAUAUUGGAGAUGAGGAAACAUAUGCUCUUGUAGAAAGAUCAAAAUUAUUCUGUGGAACAUGUUACACAAAGGUGAUGAAGCCAUUGCUGGCUGCAUCUCCACGACGACGGAAACCACACUCUAUACAGUUAGUAGAAAUUCCUGCCACACCUGAUGGGAAUCGUGGAGUUCAGUUCUCUAUGGACAGACGAAGGAAUUCUAGUCGACCAUCUUGUAACAGUGAUGUAUAUCGUAAAGCACCAAUAGUCAAAAUUACAGAUCUAGAUGUUAGUCCAGAUCUACAGGGUUUAAAGAUAGGAGAUCGUAUUUUAGAAGUAAAUGGAUUGAGUGUACGUGAUAAGUCAACAGAGGAAAUGGAUGUAAUAUUUAAUAAUUCUACUGAUGUGUUACAUAUUACAUUAGAGCGUGACCCUUCACCCUUACGUAGUAAUUCUGAUUCUGACAGUCCAUCAGAUACAUGUACUCUAUCGUCACCUGAUGAAGUUCUCAUUGGUAGUACUCCUGUUAAAUUACGACCACGUUCAACGUUAAAGGCUAGAAAUUUCAGUCCAUCACGGAGAAGACGUUUAUAA